AUGGUGAACAAAAGAAUUCAAAAGUUGCUUCAAAAUACCAGAGGGCGAUCUAGAAGAGAAGAAUCAAAUAAUAGAGGAUUAAAUAGUGAAAAUGAACCACAAGAUGUACCACUGCCACACUCUCCAUCGGAAACACAAAAUGCUGAAUUGGACUUACAACACAAUGUUGAGCAUAAUGAGGAAGGUUCAUCUCAAAGGAGCCAAAAUACACGGGAUAGGACAGUGAUGAGGGAUGUUCAUUCAUUAGGUCCCAAUGACUUACUAGUUGUAAGAUUUAAUGAAAGGGGUCAACCUUAUGGAGAAAUGCAACCCACGCUUUCAAAUUUUGUGGGAAUGAUUGCUCGAAAUGGAAACUUGUUACCCCUUAGUUUUCUAGACUGGAGGAAAAUACCUAAAAAUCGUUUGGAUCUUGCAUGGGGAUAUGUAACUGAACAUUUUUGUAUCCCUACUCGCCACAAAAAAAUUGUGAUGCAAAUGAUGGGAGUUGCAUGGAGGCGAUGGAGGACCGAAGUCAAGGCAACGUCUUAUGACCCAAAUAUUCCUUUAGAUGAGCUCUUGCAAAUUCGUCCUGUCCCUCAUAAGCUAACACUCGAGGUUUGGGAAACUUUAUGUGACUAUUGGAAGAAGAAUGAGGAAAAUGGUAUAAAACCUACUCGUAUUGAAAUAUUAGAAUUAAGUUGUCAUAGUAAAAAGAAAGGAAGGUCUCCUAUUGCUGAUGAAGCUAUACAACAUGAGGCUUUAUUGAAUGAGGCUGUGAAACGCCAUCUCCAAGACAUGCCAGAGGGAACAGAUCCAAGACAAGUGCAUGAGCAAGCAUUUCGUGAGGUGUUCAGGCCUGAGCAUUCUGGCCGAGUUCGAUGUUUAGGAGCUGGUGCACUGCCUAGCCAAGUUUUUCCUGACCAAUAUAAGCGUAGCCAUUGCCAAGGAUAUGACACUGCUUCGGAUGCCAUAGAAAAGUUCAAGGAAAUGAAAGAAAAAAUAAAGGAAAUGGAAGCUAGGGAGGCAGAGCGAGAAGCACGACUACAAGCAGAAAUGGAAGCACGUGAAGCACAAAGGAAAAUCGAGAUGGAGCAAUCGAUGAGGCGGAUGCAGGAACAACAAUUCCAAAAUUUUAUCCGUAUUAUGCAAAGUAUGAUGGUUGGAACUGCUGGGGGAUCUCAAGGGCCCGAAACAUUACCGGGACAGAUGGCAAGUGUGAUGGCAGAAAUCAUGCAACAAUAUAUGAGUAUUCCAUCAAACGCUCAAGAAAAUAUCCGUAGACCUCCUCCAUGA